CCCCUCGGGUGAGAGCCGCGGCGUCUGAGCGUUGGUAGGGACUGUCAUCCUGCCUGGCUGCCCGGUUUUUUGGAGAGGAGAAGUUGGCAGAGGGAUGUUCCUGCGAUGAUGGCGCUGCAGCUUAAGAGCGGGGAUGCCGCGUACUACCAGAGUGCAGAAUACUGCAGAAACUACACUUCGCCGCCUGUCAGCUACGGUGACAGCAGCCAUUAUCUCGCCCGAUUACCAGGUCCAGAAACCAUGUUGAAGCCUCCCCUGAGUCUCUUCAGCCAUCCCCAGCAGCCUUUCCAACACAUGGAUUCUCUACAUCAGUUGGGACCCCCACCAAUGGCACCUGCACACCCUCUUGGUCCACCACCCAUUGCCCCCGCUCAGUCUAUUGGACCUCCAACUAUGGCUCAUGGCCAGAGUCUAGGCCCCCCUCCCAUAAAUGCACCUCAUACAUUAAGGCCUCCUCCCAUUACCCCGCCACACACUUUAGGCCCCCCUCCAAUGCCUCCAGCUCAGUCAUUGGGGCCUCCACCAAUGGCACACACCCUGGGGCCCCCACCAGUAGAUCACACACAAGCAAUAGUGCCUCCAACCAUGGACCUUACACAGCAGCUGGGGCCUCCACAUAUGAACCCUGCACAAGCACUGGUGCCUCCACCUGUAGUGGCACCAACAGCAGGUCGAUUUCCCCUCCCUCCCAGCCCCUUGUCCUCACCUCCUGCUCCCGGCCCUGACCCGUCACAGAUGCCCCCAAGGCCCCUAGGACCAGCCCUCAUCCCAGCUCCAGUGUCCAGCCUCAUCUGCGGUCCACUCCCAGGCCAGGCAGCCCCAACGAGUGAGCAGCCCCAGGAUGAGGGCUCCUCGCUGGGGACAGAGGAGCAGGAGGACUCUCUGGGACUAGAAGAACUGUGUAAACCGCUGUACUGUAAACUCUGCAACGUUACCCUCAACUCUGCUCAGCAGGCACAGGCUCACUACCAGGGAAAGAACCACAGUAAAAAGCUACGAAAUUUCUAUGCCGGCAGUCAGCAGCCACCGGCCAUCAGGAUCCCAGAAGCCCUCGAGACGGCGGGCCAGACGGCCCUGAGCUCAGGGUCCAGCGACAGUGAUGCAGGCAGGCAGGCGCUGUAUAAGGGGGCGCCCCGGGUCAUCUUGGCCACAGAGAAUGACUAUUGUAAACUGUGCGACGCUUCCUUCAGUUCACCAGCAGUUGCGCAGGCCCACUACCAGGGCAAGAACCAUGCCAAGAAACUACGGCUGGCUGAGGCCCAACAGAACUCGAGUACCAUGGAAAGCAGCAAUGAGACAACUCCAAGAAGGAACAGGAAAGAUGGCAGUGAGUACCGGCUGGUGAAAAACCGUCGCAGCCCACAAGUACCCGCCUCCAUGCCAGGGCCGUACUACAACCCCAGACCGAGGCAGCGCAUCCCCCGGGACUUGGCCAUGUGCGUGACUCCCAGCGGACAGUUCUACUGCUCUAUGUGCAACUGCGGAGCCGAGCAGGAGACGGACUUCAGGCAGCAUUUGGAGAGCAAGCAGCACAAAGCAAAAGUGUCGGAGCUAAGAUACCGCCAUGAGAUGGAGAACCUCGGCUACAGCUAAGAGACACAAGAGGGGAAGGGAAGAGAACAUGUAAAGAGUACAAGAACGCAGGGCAGGAAACUGAAAAUACUGCCAUACUUUUGAAGAGCAUAUUUAGUGGAGUGAUUACAUCAAGUUCUUUUUGCACUUAAUUUGAUGUAUGGAUUAAACAUAUAAUCUUUCGAUUUGAUAGGAAAUAUAUAAAUAGAGGUGGCUGGUUGUGGCUCAGGUGGUAGAUCAGAUUGUCCACAAAGUGCAGGGUUGACAGUUUGAUCCCUAUUUCCUGAUAGACAGCCCAGCUUUUCGUGUCCCAUCUGCUCUGAUACAGGAGGCUAAAAUUGGAUUCCAUUAAUCCUUGUAUUGCUCUAGAAAGUGUGUAUUUAAUCAGCUCAUAACAUGCAGAGGAAAAAGUAGAUUUUUAGUCUUAAAACUUUGAACAAAAAAAAAAAAAAAAUCUGUUUUCUAGCCACAGAAUCAGACUACAUUUUUAAGCCAUUACCCUUUCUUAUACUUUUUGCUCCAGUUCCUCCAAAGCUUUAAGUGGGUUACAUUCUGACUCAGGGCACCGGUACAUGCAAAAGAAAUGCAAAGAAAUCUGAAAGAGGGGAAAUCAGGGUUUUGUUUUUUAGGCAGAAAGUCAGGUGGACACGAGAGGAGGCUCAAGAAGCCUCAGCAAAGACAAAGAUGCGCAGAAAACUUGUAAAGUACAAAAAUGCAGACAAGGAUGAGUGAGGGGGCAAUUACUUUAUCUUAGAAAAACUUGGGAAAACAACCACUGAGUUAUAGUUUGAGAUGAUUUUUUAAACUCUUACGAGUAAUUUAGCCCUACAGGUACUUUUUAUAGGCCCUGCAGCAGGGACUGCGGGGGGAAACUUACCACAGAGCCACACGGGACACAAAUUCAGCAUCUUUACAACCAAACAGAUGUAAUAAAAUCCAAAGCACUACUUGCUAAUUUUAAAAAAAAAAGCACAAUGAACUUCACCUAAUGAAACAGUGUUAUAUAAAACUGUGAGCCUUAGCUGACUUCUUACUUGUCCUGAGGUGUGUAUCAGGCUGAAGGCUCUUGCAAGCCUUGCUGGUGCCUUUGGAGGAAGUUAGGCUAAAGAGUAAGCUUUGGCUAGCCAUUUUGGCAAUAUAGUAAAAAACCAAUCUGUCACAUUGAUUGGAUUUUUCUGUAUUCACAAAUGUUAUGUAAAUAUUCUUAAUAUUGCAUUAUAGAUGUAAAUAGACUAUAGUAGACAUGAAUCCUAUUGAUUAUUUGAUCAGUGUUAGCUCACCAUCUGUUGUAAAUCCUCAUAAUCUAUUUAACAACUAUCAGGAAUCUUGUAAGUGUGCACUGAGUGGAUGUCUUCUUUAUGAGCACUGUAUGUUUGUGUGUGGAUUUCACUGUAGGCCCUCCGUACCACUUUGGAUGGCGCCUUUGUAAGUAACUCUGGCACCGUCAGUUCUGGUUAAAAAGCUGCUAGUUUCAUCGUUUUUACUUUGAAAGGAAGGAGAGCAGAGUGCCAGCAGAGGCUGCCGCUAAGGGGCGAAACAUGCUUUGAUGACAAGAACAAGACAAAAUUUUCCUCUUGAAAAACGUUCAAACGCGCAAACGCAUUCACUCAAGACGCUUUCAAACCGAACGCACUUAACUCUAAACUUCAAAUUGACUCCCAAAUUGCAGCGCUCCUGGAUGUUUCUGCUUGUGAGACAUGUCAUUUAAUACCCCCAGUCUUGAUUCCCAGAGGGGAUGUACGCAGGUUUUACUGCAGUGUGUGCAACGACUGCUAAACAGUAACAUGGACUCUGCCGCAAUGUUUUUUUUCUUUGCUUUGGCCUGUUUGUGUUGUUUUUUCCACAUACGAGGAGAUCCAGCUGUGUUCCUGUUUGGCCCAUUCUGGAAAAAAAAAAAAGUUAUAUAAUUGAAGUUAAAUUGGAUUAACUGUUCCAGUUUAAUGGUCCUGAGCUGAACACAGCAAGUUGUCACAAGGCAUUCAAAGUCUAUAGUCACAUUUAAAAUUGCUAAAAAAAUAAGUGCUGUCUUUUAUGUUGACUGCUACACAUAUCGAUGAUAGUGAAGGGGUCACAAAAUGCACAUAUUCAAACAGAAAAGCUUGUCGUUUACAGAACAGUGUUUCUAUUUUUUCAUUGUAACGGUGAAAAGAUUAUCAGCAUACACCUGCGUUUCUUUCAGUGUUCAAAAAUCAAUAAUUUGUUUUUGAAAAGACGAGAAAAACCUUCACUUUAAAUCUGCUUUUGCGACCUUUUAUGCAGAGGAAACAAAAAAACCAUUCCCCAGUAAUUAAAUCAGUCUGAUCAGUUCAUAUAAUUAGAUGAGCUGGAAAGCGGAAUUGAAAGCAGCAUCCUGGCCUUCUCUUUGCUCGGCUUUGUUUGCUGCAGGGAGAGGCAGCUGCUCACAUCUUAUAUUUGUCUCCAGAGCACAAAUACACACACUUGACCACACACGAGGAUGCUCGGGAGAAUAGCACUGUGAGGACAAAGCGCUGUGGCAUUUUGGGGGAUUAAAACACAACAGCAAGGCAGAGCUAGAGGGACGCACAAGCAGAAGGCGUUCAAAAUAAAGUGCUCGCCUGUUUAUUAGCCCACCUUGCCGCACAGUUUAAUGAAACGGGAACAAAAAGCCGUGGGUGAGCUAGUCUUGCGCGUUGAGGCAGAGUUGCAGUCUGUUAAUAGCUCUCCUCCUCCUAGAAAUAACACGCUUUGUCUUACAUGAAAGCGCUGGGAGCAUUACCUUUUAUUACGCUGACAGGCUCUUGGACUCAAAAUGAGAGUCACACUCCAGUGCAGCUAUUGAACACCUUCUGCAAGUGCAGGAAAUAAUAAGCUGCAGAGGAAUGGAGAAACGAGGAGAUCACAGGAAGCUAGUGGGCUCCUACAAACAGCUUAAAGAUCCAGACAGAAAUGUUCACAGUGGAGCGUUUGGACCCCUUUCUGUGAUAAUUCCACCUGUUUUGUGGCUUUUUUUGUAGAGGUGAAUUCUUUGACAGGUAGGGAUCGGUAUCAUGGCGCUGUUACGCUUACACAUAUUGUUGUUAUCCUGCAUCUUAUUCAUUAACUUUACAUUAACCCAUGGUCACACAAUCAAGUUAAUUUCAUGUGGGCUGUAGGCUGCCAGCAUACGUGACACAUGUGGCUCAGUGGCAGGUGAACUAGUGGAAAACUACAUAUUCCUGCCAGCGUGUGCGAGAUCUCUGUCGUUUUUCCCCCACGAAGAUGAUUUGAUGACCUUCUCUGUAGCCUUCAUGUUGAGAUUUGACACCUCAGUGUACAUCAGUAAAGACGUGGUUGAUGACCAUUAGAACAGUUUGCAGGUUUUUCCAAAGGUAGCUGCACAGGCAGAGACCACCGUCACUAACCUCUGAUGCACACCCAGUCAUUUUGUUCUAUAAGCACCCCUGAAAUAUGACAGAAAGAGCUUCAGGAUUCAGGGAUAAAUAAAAUGUCACAACAGUUGUGAUUCGGCGUUAUAUAAACAAACCUGAACUAAACUGAAUUUAAAUCUUGGAGCUAAUGUUUAAUUUGCUCUGGUAGAAUGCGUCUGCCAUCCCCCAACUUUCAAAUAGAUUUCCACCUGAUCUUGUCUGUGCCAGUCCAAUUACAGCAAAUACAGGGCGGGUUUAAUGCAGUGACUCACCCCUCUGAACGCUGUAAUCACUUUACACUUUUCCCUCAACAUGACGCCACACGUUGCUCUGAGUGUUUACAGGUCUAAUUGCAUCCAGGAGCAUUGAAACAGACUAAUUUGCAUAAGCACACGUCGUAGGUGAUGCCAGGCUAAUUAUCUAGUAAUCUAAUUAUCUAGUAUUGUAGAAAGGUUGGCGUUAGCUCCAGGGCCUGAACCUCUGGCUCAAAGGUCAGCGUGCACAGGAAAUAAUAGGAAACAAUCUGUGUCAGUGUGUACGCACCGAUUGAUAUGUCGCACGAGUCGGGUCUCAAGAGGAUUUACAAGGACUUACAAGUGUUUGUAAUCAACAUUUGAUUCUAAAACGUCUGUUUUCUUUUCAAGAGCUUAAAAAAUGGCAAAAUUAUUGUUUAGCAGGAAAAUCUCAGAAGCAGAAGGGUCUUGCUGAAAAUAAACUAUUAAGCCUGAAAAACAUGGCAAACACAAUUUGCACUUAAUGAGCUGAAACACAGCAGCCCACCAGUUAAGUGCUCCUUUUACACAAGACUAUUUUUGGAAGGAUAUUGUAGCACUGAAACGUUUUUAUGUUGUUUUUUGUUGUUUGUCUUUUGGGGUUUUUGCAUCAGAGGAUUUCUAUUAAUUGGACAAAUGUUUCACACAGACAAAGGCCAAAAACGUAAAUAAAUAAAAACACUGUGGGAAAUAAAUGUAUUUACAUCAACAUAUGUCCAUUAACUGGUACAAAUGAUUUAAAUUGGACUGUUUAGUUAUUAUUUGGUAUGUUAAUGUGCGGAAACAGUUCAAAUAUCUGGGGCACUGUAUCCAUUUUUAUUCUAUGUUUACUUGUUAGAAACUAUAGAGAAUGUGAGUACAAUAUACUUAAUAAUUAUUGGUUUCACUUAUCUAUUUGCGGCUCUACUUCAGCAGCACAGGUUAAUAAGUUAAACUUCAGUGCUUCGCAGUAAAUGACAGAGUGUGUUACGUAUCGCACUGUAUAAAAUGUAUCUGGUUUAUUUUGUGCAUGAGUACAGUCAUACCUAAUAAUUGUUAAUAAUUUCUACCACUGGCUGAGACUAUAAGGCUGCUGUUCAGGAGUAUUUAAUGAAGUUUACACAGCUGGAUGUUUGGAAAUGUCUGUGUGCUGUGUUGCAAAAUGGUCCUGGAAAAGAAAUCCCAAGUUUGCACUGAAUAUAAAAAUACACUGAUGUUUAUUUAGCAAAUGUGUUCUACCAUAUGUUGUUUAGUUCAAGUGAAGACUUUGUUGUCAUUAUUUGCCUCUAAUGAACUCCUGUGCUAAAAUUUACAAAGUGAGAAGCCAAAGCUGUUGCAAAUGUGUGUGAUAUUUAUAAUUUCUGUGUGUUUUAUCCAUGCGCUGGACUGUUGGACUGAGCAGAUGAAGGUAGAUGGGCAACACUGUGCGGUUAGGUAGAAAUCCUUGACUCAAAUGCUGUUUUUCAUGCUGAAUUAUAUGGUGGCCCAGAAAGGUCAAAUGCCCUGCAAGUUAGGAAAACACCGGCAAAUAGAAGAAAAAAAUGAUGCAAAAGCACACAAAACACAACAAAUGUUGAAUAAAACACCAAUAGAAAAAAAAAAUUAACAAUUCACAAUGCAAGUGUUUCUCGGAAGACAAGAACAUGACCGAAGAUCUGAAGAAGUGACAGAAAUCAAAAACGUGAAAGACUGCACUGAGACCUCUUUAAAAGAAAUGAAGGAUUCUUAUGAGGGAGAAAAAGAUCCAAGGUAAUGUGUGUUUUAACUGGCUCAUAUAAUACUGUAGCUGCAUGUUUGCUAUUAGCUUUUAUUGUUAGCUUGUCACUUCUGCAGUUGGUCCAUCAGGUUAUUGUCUCCUCAAAACUCCUUCAAACUGCUUCCCCUUUUUUUGUUAAGGUUCUGCUGCGUUUUUUCUAUUUCCGUAGAGUUUUCUUUGGUUUUACUGAUGCCACUGCAGAAUUAGGUGAACUGGGGUGUCUAAUUUUAAAGACACCAUGUUAAUGGGCACAAAAAGUGAAAGACUUCAUCAAAAACACUAAAAGGUUUCCUCAGGUCAGGUCAGGUCUGGUGUCUGGAUAGAACUAGAUCCAAAUGGAUGGCUUACCAUUAUCCGAAACACUUUUUCAGUUUAGCUGCACAUACAGGCACACAGUUGGGAUUAGUUAGCCAUGCUCACCAGUGGCGCUACGCCAUUGAUUUUCAAAUGAGGGCAACAAACACAUAAUAAGGAUUCUUCACAAAAAAUGGGAGACAUUUCAACUUGUUUUUACAGCUGGAUCUCCAGAGAAAGGAAAAGUUUUGUGAGUCCUUUUUUUUUAAAAACUUUCAUUCUGAGACUUUGAUUCAACUCUUGUGUCUGUGCUAUAGAUCCAAGAGGUAAUUAAAUUAGCCCAACAUACAAACAGCUCCCCAGGCUUUGUUCAAAGCUCUGUAACCCAACACCUUUAAAACUAAUUACUACAUACACAUGCUGCUGUGCACACAGUCUCCUUCAUGUUUUUUGUGAUUUUAGUCUGACUUAUGUAGUGGAACUACAUUUUUGCCAAACUACUUUUAAUCACAGUUUUCUGCAGCUCUCUGCUCUGACGGCUGCCUAGCAGCUCACGCUGACACCACUCUGAGCACACACCAGUUCCAGACUGUGGUUACAGCCCAUAACUCCCAAAGAAACCACACGCAGUUAAGGGUCUUUCUUGACCUUUAGCUGUUAUAAGCUAAAACUUGUUUUUAAGAUCUUUCACAGAUUCGUCACAAGCAGUUUGUUAUCACAGAACAAAUCUCAGCUUACUUACGUUUAAGCACUGAGACAAUAUCCAAACUCUAGAAGUUGCCAGAAAAGCUGACAUCUGUUAACCAGUAAACUUUAAAAUUACUGGUAGAUACAGUUAGAGACAGGCUAACCAUCUGACUGUGUUUUCAACCAUUUAAGCUAAGCUCCUGGUCCCAGCUUCAAUUCUGUCACUCAGAUAUGCGAGUUUUCUAAAUGUUCUGAUGAAACUAUCAGCCAGAAAGUGAGCAAUCAUAUUUCCCAGAAUCCUAGUCUUGUAUAUUUUCUUCCAUUACUAUAUUCGAUUUUUAAUAAUUAAAAUAGGUUAGGCUUGCCUCAAUCAUAAGUCUAUGUACGGGCGAUCGUGGCUCAAGGGUUGGGCGGUCGUCUUGUAAUCGGAAGGUUGCCGGUUCGAGCCCCGGCUUGGACAGUCUCAGUCGUUGUGUCCUUGGGCAAGACACUUCACCCGUUGCCUACUGGUGGUGGUCAGAGGGCCCGGUGGUGCCAAUGUCUGCCUCUGUCAGUGCUACAGUGUGGCUGCAAAGUAGCUUGCCAUCACCUGUGGCAAGAAGCCCAUUUACCAUUUAUGUAUCCUGACUGAUUCAGUCUCAUGCACUGGCAGAAUUCAGGACCCACCUUCAUUUACAGUGUGGGGUCCCCCAAACCUCCCAUAAUGCUCCUGUAAUCUCCUUGAAAACCUCAGCGUACUUUUAGUGCCUCUAAACAGUGUUGCCAAUAUACCACUGACUGACUGACUGACUGAAUGGAUGCCUGAAUAACUUGUGUGUGUGAGGGGAGGGGGGUGUUCUGACAGAUGAAUAAAUGUGGCGAUCACUAUAAUGGAUCUAAGCUAAUGAUUAUUACAGUGAAUUUGUGUCUCAAGCUUUCUCUUCCACGACCCAGCUCCUACCGCUCCAGGGGAAAUAAAUGUUCUCUUAGUUGAUGCUGUUAUUGACUCACAGGGAGAAGACGCUCCUCCAUAGCCUAGUUUCCACUGCACUGAUAACCAGGCCUUACUCAUUAUUCUUGAUAUUACUUCUGCCAGGAAAGCUGUUUCUGUGCCCCUGGUAUUGUUUAUCUGUCAGCGGGAUAUCACAAAAAAACUAUGAACAGAUUGCCGGAAAUGUGGUGCGCAGGCCGUUAGCACAAGUCGUUAGCUUUCAUCAAGGAUGGGAUGGCUCUUUCAUCUGUUCGUUCUUUUGUUUUUGUUCUUUUUAAAACUGUGAUGAUGAUUUGUGAAACAGCGUUUUAAAAAAAGUUUUACUCGGCAUUAAAACAGCGAUAUUUACAAUUCAUUAUGAUAAAUGCUAAGCUAUGCAGUGCUACUUCACAUCAUUGCAUCAGUGGUCCUAGAAGACUCAAGAGGGAUUUGCUUCAAACUGACAGCUCAGCACACAACUGACAGUCAGCUCAGUGAGACAUCAGUAUGAAUCUGACUGAACCAACUACCAUCACUCAGGGCUGUUAUUGGUCUUUGGUUCUGAUGUGUGCGUGCAGUACUGUGCAAAAGUCUUUAGCAACUCCUCUUUUUUUUAAUGUUUUGCUUCCAAGGAGCCAGACUUUCAUAUCAGUUUUAAAGUGGUCUCCAGCAACAGUUCUCCAGGCUUUUUUCAAAGUUAUCCUUUGGACAACUUUGAAACUACUACUACUGAAAACCUGACUAAUUGCAGCAUGGUGUGCAGUUCUCAAACAAAUAGAAGAACCUGGACUAAUGGAGGACAAAAGAAGAUCCAGGAAGCCUAAAAACUGUCUAUAGCAGAUGAUCAUUACCUAAAUGUCAUGUCCACAACAUAAAAUAAAUCCAGCAAAAGCCUGACCUGAGAGAUAUAUCUGGGGCUGGAGAUGAUCCAUGAAAGCUUCUUCAGUAAUUCAGUUCAAAGAAUUGGCCUCGCCAGUUGACAGACCUCAACUAAUGAAUUUUUAAAAAGACAGAAGCGUCAUUGUCAGUAUGAAUUCAUGAUACUUUAUAUUAUAUUUUUAUUAAAUAAUAAUACAAUUUUGAAUAAAUAAAUAAAUAAUAUAUAUAUUUAAAACCCCAAUGCAAGGGGUCAAAGUUGUCACAGUGAGAAUUUUUGCGUGUUUGAAAAUGUAUAAAGUCAACUGGCAGCUUCUUCCUUAAUCUCACAUUGUCCCAGAAUUGUAAUACAUGUCAGUUAUAACAUCUGCUAAUUGUUCUAUAUCAACAAGAUUAAAAAAUUAAAUGAGCCGUUGCCUCACAGCAAGAAGGGGUUAGACUCCACCAUCUCACCGUUCCCUUUCUGUAUGGAGUUUGCCUGUUCUCCUGUGCUUGUGUGGGUUCUCCCUGGGUACUCUGGCUUCACGCAGACAUGGAGUUAGAUUUGCCAGUAGGUGUAAAUAUGAGUGUCAAUAGUUGUCUGUCUCUUUGUGUUAGCUGGUGAAACUGUCCAGAGUCUCUCCCUGUGGCUGCUGGGAUAAGCUGCAGGACCCCAGAACCCUGAAGUGGAAAAAUGUAAAGGUCUGUAGGUCCAGCAAAUACAUGUUUCGACUAAUUUCUAACAUUGAAAACUAGAUAGAUAUACAUGAUCAAGAAAACAAAGACUCUCUUUGGUUUGAUCCUUCAUUGAAUAGUCACUUAUUCUAUUAUAGGUGUCUUCUUUUUGACAUAAAGUAUAACGGAUUAUGCAAUGCCUGCCAAUGCAUACAGUGUGUGAAACUGGUGGGCUGCAGGCAUUUAAAAGGUUUAAUUUUGAGGUCCGUGUUGCCUCCAUUGGCCUCAUCUGGUUUUAUUCACCUGUUCAGUUCCAGGAAAGAAGAUUUCUAUAUUAUUUACUCACUAUGCAGUCUUUCUCCUCAUUUUAUUUGAGCUUGUUUUGUUAAAUGACUGCUCUAUAUAGUUCAGUAGAAACAUAUAACUUGUCUUUUAUAGUCCUUGACAUGAUUAUUUUCUGAGUGCCUCUUCAUUUGCUGUUUUUCCCUCAGAAGAACCACCAAGAGGCUUGUCAAGUACAAAUACAAGUGCAGCAGGAGUUCCAGGCCACCAGGGCUCCUGCUGCAACAGUUUGCCUUAGAAAAGCAAAGUGUUGUUUAGACAUUUAUGAGGAAGUGAUGACCUCCCCCUGGGGUGGAAACGGGAUUUUCCUGGAAGAGACACAGAAAGUCAAACAUGCUGGCCUGAUAUACGAGACAUCUGUAGAUUUCCAGUUGUGCCUCGGGCAGCCUGGGGACGUGCAGCAGUGGUCUUUGUUCCAGUGUUGUGACAGAACAGUGCAAGAAUGGAGGGGGACGUUUCAAAAACAGGAAGUCGGUGAGUGUGAAGAAGCCAAAUGUUCAGGAUCUACCUGUAGCCUGCUGCUGCAAGGGAAAUGAGACAUGCAGUUCAAGGGUUAUAAGCUUAUCUCUUCUUCCCCACUGUCUGCUACACAGACUCACCUCUGCAAAAAUGAAGUAUACAGGACCACUAUGAGCCUUUUAACCUGCUUACAGCCUCAUGCUGUUCUCAACCUGUUUGGUCCUAAGGCACCAUUAGAGAUUAAACCAGAUCAUCAUGGCAUGCCGUAAUGAUUGUAAACACAUAUUAACCAAUCUCUAUUAGUGUAGCCUUUAUAUUACUGAACACAGAAAUUGGAGGUGUCAUAUACAAUAUUCUAAUUGUCUGGUAUGAACCGGAUGAUUUAAUAAUAAAAGAAAAUGUGUGCAUGAGUCUGGAGACCCACAUGUGCCAAAAUGAAUUAAACAAAUACAUGAAUCAAAAAGUAAGUAAAGAAAGUAGUGUCUUUAAUUUAUUAAAAUUUGAAAUAAAUAAUGGUCUUUUAAAUGAAAUGAAGUGACAUCUAAUUGUGUAUUCAUAUAUUUAUUUCAUUUAUCAUUUUAAUGAAUCAAUUACACAUUUAUUUAAUUAUUUAAUGAAUCUUAACUUAAUCUUUUGGAGUAAAAAAGGCUUUUUCCAGACUUUUGGUUUGACGAAACAAGACUGCUGGAAAUGUGGCUAUAGGUAGUAUUUGCUAACCACAGGCUUUAUACAUUACUUGAAAAAAAAACAAACAGUGGGAUUACUGACAGAGAAGACAACAAUGAGCUACAAUUAUAACAAGGGAGAACAUGUUUUACAGGCACAUACUGAGGACCUUAUGCUGUGAUUUUACAUAUGCAACAGUGAUAAAACGUGAGGUUAAGUCAAAGAAGAGUAAAA